GAGUCAUGUGUUGUGAUGGCGGACAGCGGGACAGCGGCGGAGGGGAAGGCUGCCCCUGCACUGGCUGGUGGGGAGGCUGUGGGGGACGAGCUGAAGGAUGACACGCCGGGGGUGAGCGGGGAGGUGAUGCUGGUCAACACUGACAGCUUCGAGGAGUGCAAUCAUGACCUGGACACGCAGUUCAGCGGGGGGGAGGACGGGCCAGACUCCCCCCUCAGGAAGGUGCAGCGGGAACAGGAAAAUGAACUGGUUGGGGGAAUGGGUAAUGUAUCGUUGGCGGAGGAGGAAGGGAAGCAGGGAUCUGAAGGGUCUGGCGAGGCGGUGGCGGCGGCGGCAGCAGAUGAUUCAGAGGAGGAGUGUGUGGAUGAGGAAUACUUGCACAGCCCGGAGUGGAUACAGAAGGAGAAGCAUGUGUUUAUUCUGAGCGAGUCUGGCAAGCCCAUCUACACAAGGUAUGGGAAGGAGGACCGACUAGUCACCCUGUUUGGUCUGAUGCAAGCGCUGGUCUCCUUCGUAGCAGACAGUGAGGAUGUCAUCAGGUGCAUCGUGGCUGGGGAUCACAAAUUUGUAUUCUUAGUUAAGUCUCCAAUGAUCCUUGUUGGCGUGUCACAUUCAGUGGCCAGCAUUCCUCAGCUCAUCAUGCAGCUCACCUAUGUCCAUAACCAGAUAGUUAGUGUGCUAACUGGAUCAGCACUCACCCGCAUGUUUGAGAAGAGGAGAAACUACGACUUCCGGCAUCUGCUAGGAGGUACAGAGCGCCUGCUGGACAACCUGCUCAAUAUGCUGGACUCUCACCCUUCCUUCCUGCUGGGUGGUGUCCAAUGUCUCCCACUGGCCACUGCUACGCGAGACACCAUCACUCAGACUAUCAUCCAGUAUUGCUCCAAAAUCAAAAAUCUUGUGUUUGGCCUCAUCAUCUGCCAGAACCAGCUCAUCUCCCUGGUGCGCAUGAAGAAGUUCCUCCUGCAUCCUGCUGACCUUCACCUCCUUUUCAAUUUGGUCAAUGCUACAGAGUCCUUGAAAACAAGUGAAAACUGGAUGCCAAUUUGUCUUCCAAAAUUUGAUCCCAAUGGUUACCUGUAUGGCCAUGUGUCAUACCUGGCUGAUGACUGUGAGGCUUGUCUGUUGCUGCUGUCUGUGGACCGUGAGCAGUUUUUCACACUCUCUGAAGCCAAGCAGAAAAUUGUUGAUAGGUUGAGGAGACACCACUGCUUAGAGGGGAUCAACACAGCCAUACGGACAUCAGCCUACACUGUCGGGGCCGUUGGAGCACCUGAGCUAAGACAUUUCCUCUACAAGUCAAAAACCACAGCACAGUUCACCUGCCCAGAGUACACUGCCCCGUACAACACACCAGAGCAGCAGCGGCAGCUCUUUGGUCUGUACCAGCAGCUGCACCACCGCGUCCACUCAGUGUCGCGUCCUCUCAAGAUGGUGUACAUGGUCAUGGACACACACACACUGCUAGGUUGGGUAACAAAGGAGUUUGAGUUGUAUGCAACCCUGGAGCCUCUAGUCACCAAACACAAUGCCAUUGUCUACAUAAACAAGCUUCUCAGGUGGAUCAAGAAUGAAGAGAACAAAUUGUUUAUCCUAAGCUCUCCCACAUUUUAACUUGUAUAAAUAUUUUAUACGUAUUUCAGUAUUGUACAAAUGUGAUCUCUUUCCCCUUUUUUCUUUUUACUACUUCUGAUUUGUGAUAUUUAAUGUAAAGUGUACAUAACUGUUAAUUCAUCUCUGAAUCAAGUUGAAAAUUCAAAUUUGUUAAUAAACAUUCCAAAGAGA